UUUCAUAUUUGAGGCGGUCUUCCUCUCUUUUAUUAUUAUUAUUAUUACUAUUAUUUGUUUCUGUUUUCUUCUUCUUGACCCUAACGUUGAUGGCCACACAGAAUUUUUGUAAGCGGAGCAGCUGCUUGGGGACCCAAAAAGAACACAGAAGUAUCCUUCUGUUUCCUUUCAUUAGGCUAAGUUCAUAGUCUUUAGGAUUUUUUGGUUGCCCAAUGUCCUGCUUUAGUUAGUAAGUAUGGAUUACGUUGGAAAUGGCCCGCAAGUUUCAAGCAUCAAAUUCUGUCUUUUAUUCAAAUCUUGGUUCAUCUUCUUCUUAUUGUUGACUAUUCUCUGCAACUCUAAACUAGCUGCUGGAUUCAACAGAUAUGGUGGUCGGAAUCUUGCUUCAGAUGGCCCCUCAGGUUUCAUUAGCAUCGACUGUGGAGCAGAUAAAGAUUAUAUGGAUAAUGGCAUCUUGUAUCAAUCAGAUAAAGACUUUGUAGAUACAGGGGUCAGCCAGCCAGUUUCCCCUAACAUCUCUAGAAAUCUUCGGCCGCAGCUAAAAAAUGUGAGAAGUUUUCCUGAAGGGAGAAGGAAUUGUUAUGUCCUAAAACCUGAAAAUGGAAAGGAAAACACUUACUUGAUUCGAGCUUCGUUUCUGUAUGGGAAUUAUGAUAGAAAGAACACUACCCCUACUUUUGAUUUAUACCUUGGGGCUAAUCUGUGGUGGACAGUGGACUGGGAUAAUGGAUAUGUAGAGACCCUCUAUACCCCUUCCACAGAUUACAUUAGUGUCUGUCUUUUCAACACUAGCAAAGGGGUGCCUUACAUUUCAACGUUGGAGUUGCGACAUCUAGAUAAUACCAUUUAUCGAACCCCGGCCAAGGCACUCGUAACGAUGCAACGUUAUGACAUUGGCGGCAGAUCGAAUUUAAGAUACCCGGCUGAUGUUUAUGAUCGAAUUUGGAACCCCUUGAACAUUGACACACUGAAUUCCAGUGCUACAAACUCUAGCAUAAGCCAGGGAAACAAUGAUGCAUACAAAAUACCGGAUAUAUUGCUGAGAACUGCUGCAAAGGAACAAAAUGCCACUUGCUCCUUGAGCUAUUUCUGGGAAACCCAAUCUUGGAAUACACAGUUUUAUGUUUACUUCCACUUUGCUGAGAUUGAGAAGCUUGUAGGGAAACAGAGGAGAUUGAAGGUUGAUUUGACUGGCCAACAAAAUGCAACAAAAAAUGCUACGCUUGAUUACUUGAAGCCUCUAUCUCUCAAUCUAAGUGGCAUGCCAGAUAGCGCAGGCCAGCUGCAGUUUUCAAUUUCUGCUGCCGAGGGAUCAGACCUCCCUCCGCUACUGAAUGGUUUUGAGAUAUAUGCUGCUAAAGAUAUGCAAAAUGCAUCAACUGUUCCUGUACAGGCUGAUGCUAUGAUGGGUGUCAAGCAAGCAUUCAAAUUGAUCAGAAACUGGGAAGGUGAUCCAUGUUUUCCAAUUGAAUUAUCAUGGUCUGGUUUAACCUGCACCAACAGCAGCGCAUCACAAAUCCUCUCAAUAAGCCUGAGCUCAAGCAACUUGACAGGAGAAAUUCCUGCUUCAAUUGCGAAUCUCCAAGAAAUAACAUCACUGGAUUUGUCCAACAAUGAGUUGACAGGAGACGUGCCAGAAUUUUUAGUAAAUUUGCCAAAUUUAAGAAACCUUAAUUUAACCAGGAACAAAUUCACAGGCACAGUUCCCAAAGUUCUAAUGCAAAGGGCUGAAGCUGGAUCGCUUACAUUAAGUGUGGGUGAAAAUCCACAUCUUUGUGCAUCACUUAAAUGCUACAACAAGUGGAAGAAGUACUUGGCCCUUAUAGUAACCGCCUGUGUGAUUGCUGUGCUCCUACCUAUCGUAGUGGUUGCUUUGGUAAUAUACAAAAGGAGACAACAAAGAGAGAAUCUCAAGAGAGAAAUCGAAGAGAGGUUACUUAAAUCAAAGAACCGCCAAGUUAGGUACUCAGAGAUACUUGUUAUCUCAGAUAACUUGAAGACAACUAUUGGGGAAGGAGGAUUUGGAAAAGUGUACUACGGUGCUCUGAGUGAUAAAACCCAAGUUGCAAUCAAGCUUCUGUCUGCAUCUUCACGACAAGGCUCCAAUGAAUUCAAAGCAGAGGCUCAAAUAUUAACCAUUGUUCAUCAUAGAAAUUUAGUUUCACUCAUUGGUUACUGUGAUGAUGCCGAGAAUAAAGCACUAAUUUACGAAUUCAUGCCUAAUGGAAAUCUACGCAAGCAUCUAUCCGAUCCAAACACAAAGGCCUUGAGUUGGAUGGAAAGGCUCCAAAUUGCAGUUGAUGCAGCACAAGGGUUAGAAUAUUUACACAAUGGUUGCAAGCCACCUAUAAUUCAUAGAGAUAUGAAAACUUCAAAUAUCUUGUUGAAUGAAAGAAUGCAAGCAAAAAUAUCAGAUUUUGGACUGUCCAGGGUAUUUGCAAAUGAAAGUGAUACUCAUUUGUCCACAUGUCCUGCUGGCACUUUUGGAUAUGUCGACCCUACGAUUCAUUUAUCUGGGAACUUCACCAAGAAAAGUGACGUUUAUAGCUUUGGUAUUGUGUUGUUUGAGCUUGUAACUGGGCAACCUGCCAUAAUCAAGGGGUCUGAGUACAACAUACACAUUGUGGAGUGGGCUAAGCCUUUCAUUGAAGAAGGCAAUAUCCAAGACAUUGUUGAUCCAAGGUUAGAAGGUAUUACAGAAAGUUGUUCUGUUGGUAAAUUUGUGGAGUUGGCUGUGUCUUGUACAUUGCAUAGUACAGCUGAAAGGCCUGACAUGAGUGAUGUGGUGUCACAACUCAUUGAAUGUUUGAAGAUGGUUCAGGACAAAAUGCCACAGAUGCCAUCAGACAAAACUGAGGACUUUUCUUAUAAUUCAAUUGGUUCCGAAUCACUGUUCAGUCCUAGAUAAAAAUUAUAAACAAUUCAUUUUUUUUAGAUUUAUCUAUUUGCUCCUUAAACUUUCACCUCUUUCUAAUAGGUUCUUGAGCUUUCAAUUUUAUGUCUAGUAGGUUUUUGACAAAUUUGAAAUUUGUAAAAAUUAAUUGAUCUAUUUGAUGUAAUUUGUAACUUCAAUUUCAUGUGUGAAUUUUAAAAGAGAUCAAGUUCAUUGA